UACGGUGCCGUCGAACGAAGGCAAGAUGUACGAGAAAUCUGAAAGCAACAGGUGCUAGGUUGUUCGAAUUUAUGGACGGUGUUCUUGCGGAUUUCCAGAGAUUUUGUACUGUGGAUUCGAAAAUUUUUCCAUACUGAUUAAUUUUUCCAUGCAUUGACCGCCGUGUUUUAUCGAUAAUACUGAUAAUCGUUGUCAAGUUUUGUUUGUGCGACGAAAAUGGCCUCCGCUUCUCCCUCCACACCGUUCUGCGACCAUUUCUUGGAGAUUAAAGUUCCAAAAUCAGAACUGGACUUUUGGAGAGAGCAAAAAGUCAAAGACUUAUGUGUGAAACAUGGCAAGCCUGACAAAGGGAAAAUCCACGCCUGGACUGAUGUCGAAGCCGACACUAAGGACGUUAAUGGUUAUACGAUAUCGAAUUACCACCGUCGCGUGCUCUUUGCUUCACCUCGUGAAUUCAGUUCCGAAUUCUUGGCAGAUGUGGAUAAUUGUUUGAAAGACGACCAUAAAUGUCGCCGAGCAGUUUUGGACAAGAAUGUAAAUCCACAUGGGUUUACAACUGAUCAGGCUCAGAAGUCGCAAUAUUUUAAAAAAGCAGAAGUAUUAAAAGCCCGUAAGGAUUGGCAGAGGUAUCCAAAUCUGACCAUUUAUAAACAGAUGUCUCGUGUGCCGGAAGGAAAAAAAAGUGCAGAGGGAUCAUCGAGUUUGCCGUUGAGUGGCAUGAUGUCGUCUCAUGCCGUUGGAAAAGACGAGCGCGUGGUAAACAACGCUGAAUUUAAGGAGAUACAGCGAAAGAAACAGGCGAAAGAUCCAGAGCCACUAGUGCCACUAACCCCUUUUCCUAAAUACAGGCCUUGGACAAAAACGACUUUUGGACAACUUAAUUUUUCUCAGAACGUUCACCAAUACACAAUCCGAAACAGCCGUGGAAGUCAAAUGUCUUUAAUUGAUUAUGGUGCGAGAAUUGUUGGAUUGAAAGUCCUUGCUGCAAAUGGCAUGUUUGUCGACGUUGUUCGCGGAUUCAGAGCUUUGCAAGACUACGUUAAUGAUGAUCAACACGUAGGAACGCUCAUGAGGCGCGUUGCGGGAAAAAUCGAGCCUAUGAAGGUGUAUGAUGCUGUACAGGGUUUGAUUGGAUUCGACAAGGUUAUCUGGCAUGCUGAAUUGAUCGAAGACAGUUAUGGUGUUGGUGUUCGCUUCCGACACGGUAGCCUUUCCAGCACCGAAGGCUGUGUGGUGGAAUACCGGCUGAACAAUGAAGAUGAGGUUAUUAUCAACAUCAGGUAUUUAGCGGAGGAGAUGACAAUUGCCAGCACAUCGAAUCAUGCUUAUUUGAACCUUGGAGGACAGGAUGAACAAAAUAUUUACGAUCACGUCGUCAGCAUUGCUGCUCAGUCGUAUCUCUUAAUAAACGAUAGUCCCAUCCCAACGGGCAUAAUUGUUCCGGUCGAAAAGUUCUGCGACUUUCGUGAGGGGCGGCGUCUUGGGGAUGUCAUUCCAGCCACUCCGGACAAGGGCUAUGAUAAUUAUUUUUGCUUGCCUGAUGUUCCACGCACAGCGCCAACACAUGCAGCAAAAAUUUUUCACCCGAAAACUGGAAUAAGCAUGGAAAUUCUUACAACGCAGCCAGGUGUACUGAUGUAUACCGGGAACUACCUUUCUGGAAAAUGUGGUGAAAUUUUGGAUCGACAUUCCGCACUCUGCUUCGAAACGCAGAAUUAUCCAAAUGCGAUUAAUACGUUGGGAUUUCAUUCCCCAGUCGUCCACGCUGACCAAACACCCCUUCAUACCACAAUCUGGAAAUUUACCAAGCAGAAAGAUUAAAUUUUUUCCGGUUUCGAUCCGCAUCGGUUACGGGUGCUACUUACUGCUUAUUAUUCGUAUAAUAUGCCGUUGGCCUGUAAGAUUGCCGCGUGUAGUGCUUAUUCACGAAUGCCUUGAUUAGUUCGGCGGUACAAUGUUUUUGUUGUCUUAGGGCGUAAAUUGUGGAUGAUUCAUUGUGAUUGUGAAUUCCUAAUCUAUUGAUGUUUAAUUUUUUGUUGCGAUUGGUGAAGAAUCUCAGUGUAAAUGCUAUUUUCGCAGGAAAAAACACAUUUGAAUAAUACUCAAUCAUGUUG